GUGUCCAACAUGCACAGAUCUGGAGUAACCAGCAUGGAGGUGUGUUCAGAUGGUCGCCACCUGGCCUCGGCCGGAGAUAAAAUCAUCAAAAUAUGGGACUACCACAUGAGGCUCGAUAUCAACUUUCAGGUGUUUAUCGGCCAUUCCGAGAAGAUCCAACAGGUGACAUUCUCUCCUGACAAUCUGGGGAUGAUUAGCGUAGGGGAAGCUGUCUUCAUGUGGGACUUCUACGGAGCCAAGAGAGAUCAACCACCGCUAGGCACAACCCUCGAGACAGAACAUUUCCUGAGUCGCUCGGACUUAUCACCCGUCAAACCCUGCAAAAGUCCUGUAAGAAGAAACCUGGACUUGACAGGAAGUUUACGACCCCGGAGCCAAGCACCUCUGCCCACCUCCCCGACCAGGCUAGUGGACGACACGUCGACAAAGGAGAAGGAAGAGUCGGAUGAAGAUGAGGCGGGCAUCUCGUUGCUAGGCGGGGUUACAGCAGCAACUGUUGCUUGGGAUGAGGAGGUCCUGAUUGGUCCAGAGUUGGAGAGUCGGUCAAGCAUGGAGGAAUCAAGCAUCACUGAAACUGAUAAACCUCCUCCUGCAGAGUGUCUUGGAUUCAGCCCACGUAUCCGCCAGCAUCGACGACCUGACCUGUCGACAGAGGUGGAUUCCUCUGCCCUACCUCUACCCGUCCUCAAACCAUUCACUGACAAGACCUUACAGUUCAAGCCAAGUUGCUAUCGUCACUUUGUAGCCAGGGAUAACCAGACUCAAAUGGCACAAGUAAGCAUGAGUUUAUGGGAUUUGAG